AUGAUGGGGCUGCAGAUCAGCCUGAAGAACUAUGACCAUCAGAAGGACAAAUGCUUCUCGGGCACCAGCAAGCUUAAGUCUGCUCCCAUCCCCAAGUUCUCCAUAUGUGUUCUGGGAGACCAGCAGCACUGUGAUGAGACCAAAACAUGUGGACACGGAGGCGCUGAAGAACUCAACAAGAAUAAGCAACUUGUCAAGAAGCUGGCCUUUAUGGCUUCAGAAUCUCUGAACAAGCAGAUCCCACGAAUCCUGGGCCCAGGCCUGAAUAAGCCUGGCAAGUUGCCUUCCUUGCUGACCCCAAAUGAGAAUAUAGUGGCCAAAGGUGAUGAAGUGAAAUCCACCACUAAAUUCCAGAUGAAGAGGGUGCUGUAUCCGGCAGUGGCUGUUGGCCAGGUGAAGAUGACAGAUGAUAAGUUAGUUAUAAAUCUACUUAGCUGCCAACUUCCUGGUGUCAUUGCUCAAGGAAAAUUGGCAGAACACCCAGGCUUUGUACAUUAA